AUGCGCUUGUUUCCUUAUAAGAGCGUGCUGGAUGUGUCCGGCCUCAACAUCCCAGUGCUGACUUUUCACGUUUUCGUCCUUGGUCUUCACAAAAACAGCACUUUCGAAACAGCGGCGUGCGCAUCAACGAGCUCGUGUAGGCACCACACGCCGCAGUUCGAGCAGCUGCUGCCCAGCCGUGGCCGGAAACGUUGCUUGGCUGUCACGUGGGUGAUAUGCUGCCUCUCUCCCGGUGCCUGCGCAGUGCACUGGCCCAUUGGUGGACACGGCCCCGUCCCUUCCUCGUCUGCGCUGCGCGAAAGCGGCUCAUCCUUCAGUCGGAUGGCUUCCCAAAGAGCCCAAUACCCCUUGGUUUUUGUUCCUUAA